AUGGAAUGGCUGAACCAGGAGUGGCAGCAAGAGGAGGACUACGACGACGACAACGACAUGCACGCGGUACAAGCCCUUCACCACCACAAUAGCCACCACCAUGGCACCAGCUUCCACGGUCCUGUAGUGCUGCAUCGCCGCAGCACUGCUGGGAGCAGCACCAGCGAUGGCCACACCCCGAGCACCACCAACAGCUUCCGCAGCUCCUACGGCAGCUAUCGCCAUGUGCCGGCAUCGUCCUCGCCGCCGUCGCAAGCCGCUUACGACCAGGCCAGCCCCAGCUUCGUCUCCAGCAUCAACUACUCCUCUGUCCCCGGCGGAUGGAGUCCUCUGCACCGCCAGCCCUCAUUUACGCCGUCUCAGAGCCAGGCCGCCGGCGCGACCACCCCGAGCCCACGCGACACCGACGCCGGCCGCAACGAGCUCGCCCGCCGCCUGACCCUCCUCGCGCAGCGCCUCACAAGCGGCGACGACAUGGACGAGCUAGCCCUGGUCGGGCAGCUAGAGCAGAUGGAAAAGACCGUCAGCCCGCCGUCGUCACCAAACCCCCGACGGCGACAGCUGCCGCCACAACAGCAGCGCUACGAUCGAGCCAGCGUCCAAUCGAACCCUCAAACGCCAAAGUCGCCGCAGUCGAGGAGCGACGCUGGUUCCGUGCUCGGCUCCCCGGUUUCCUUGAUCCGAUCGCAGUUUUCCGACCUGUCCAUAUCGUCGCUGCGCGAGCGCGAGCGCGAACGCGAACAGGAACGCAUCGCCGAGGAGGAGCGCGAGUUGCGCGAGCAGAGGGGCAUAGCCGAGGCGCAGGCCAAAGAACUCAUCGCCGAAGCCAACAAGCUGAAUGAGGAGCUGUCACAAGUUGCCGAAAACCUCAAGGCAAGGCAGGAAGAGAUGGAGCACAUCAACAACCUCCUCGUCGAGCGCACCGAAAGAGCGGCGGAGCGCAUCGUAUUCUUGCAGAAUCGCGUGUCUUAUUUGGAACGCGAGCUCAACGAAAACGACGACGAGCUCCAGCACCUACGCAUCUGCCUCAAGGCCGUCGAGAUCCAGCUCCCGCCCAACCCCGACCAUGAGCUCCAGCGCUGCAUCAACGUCUUCAAGGAGGACUUUCGCCAGCUCAAGCACAACCGCGCCAGCCGUGGCGUGAGUCUCGCCUCCUCUUCCCAUACCCUCGUCGCCUCGGCGCCGACAACACCCAAACCCGGAAGCGGCGGCGGUGGGAGCAAACGACCGUCCACUGCCGCUGCCUCUUAUAAGAUGUACACGACACCAACACGAAACGACAUGAAAUGA